GAAAAGUCUUUGUUGUUUCAUCUAAAAAUGUAGUUAAAUGCGAAUCGUAUUUGUUGACACUUUUAAUGUCUCUGAAGAACAAAAGGAUUCAGCGGAAAAUAUAAUUUUUACAUUUGAUUUUGUCUGACAACAGAAAUGAUUAUUUAAAUUUCAAACUUUUAUUGUUAUCAGAGAGAUCAACACAAAUUUUAACACAAAACUCGUAUUCUGUUUAAUGGAAUUUUUCUGACUGUUCAGAUUUUUUAAAUAACCAGUUUUGAACUGCAUUUUUUUCAAUGGCAUCUAUUGAAGAAAAAGAUGUUAGGAAUUCAAACAACUUGGCAGCAGAUAAUUUGAAGUAUGCUGAAGACGAGUAUGGAUAUGUUGAUACUAAAGGAACUGUAUCAAAAGCCAUAAUUGAUCAGCUCCCUAGCAGGCAGAAAGAUCAAUUCUUUGAUGAUGAUUCAACUGAGCAGGAUGGUUUUUCAAAUCUUCGUCGGCGACAGUCGGUGUAUAAGUCAUUCAAAAUUCAAAAUGCUGCCCUUGGUUCUCGGCGCUUAAAUCCUGAUAUUCAAAAAAUCUAUGAAGUCUUAAAAGCUGAGCAUGAUCUCACAGGAGAAGAAAAAAUUAAAACUUUACGGAAAAUGAACCAGAGACUUACAAUCAAAAGGCAAGUGAAAGAGAAAUUAGAUGCUGAAACAAGGAAGAGAAGAACUGAUCAGUUUUUGAGCAGCUACAAGCAAUGCAAACUUAGCAUAUCAAUGGCUUGGCAUAAAUUUAGGAAUACUUGCAGAAACAUGUCCCAAUCUUUUGAGUUGUGGCAUGCACGAAUAACUACAAUUCAGGGUAAAUUAGGUGCUGGUGUUGCUUCUUAUUUUACAUUUUUAAGAUGGCUUCUGUACCUCAAUUUGGUCAAUUUCUUCAUUACAUUGUGUUUUCUGCUGACACCGCAGCUUAUUCAUGAGCAUCUGGAGAACAAAGAACAUGCACUUCACACCAAUGCAACUUUUCAUACAUUCUAUUUUCUAGAUUUAUUUACGGGUUCGGGUUACAUUGAAGAUACUGUCUUUUAUUAUGGACACUAUACAAACUCAUCAGUCAGUGUAGUUUCUGGUCUAAGUUAUGACAUGCCAUUAGCAUAUUUACUUGUUACUGGUGUGAAUGGCUUGAUUAACUUGAUAGCAGUUACUUACUGCCUAACUGUGACUUAUCAAAAAUCCUAUAUGGAUGAAAGUGGAGGAAUCAAAAAUAUCUUUUGCAGUAAAGUUUUCUGUGCAUGGGAUUAUUCAAUUCAAGCUGAAGAUGCUGCAAUGCUGCAUAAAUCAGCAUUUACUAAUGAAAUCAGAGAGUUGUUGUAUCGAUUGGCCGAAAAGAAAAAAAGACUGAGCCUAGGAGAGAGAGUUGUCAUUUGGACAAUGGCUUUCAUUGUCAAUGUCUUUAGUUUGUCCAUCGUAGUUGCUGUUGGGUAUUUUGUUUAUUAUAUGCUCUACAAGAAAGCAUUCAAGCUUCGAACUGCAGAUAUGACUUUGCCAUUAGCUGUGACUCUUAUUUCUACUGUAUUUUUUUUCUUAAUAAAGUACAUUACAAAAUUUGAAUAUUAUAUGUCGAGAAACAUGAAACUAUAUUCAACAAUGAGCAGAGUAAUUCUUCUACGAGUUGUAAUGCUGGCUGUCAUUAUUUACUUUUGGAUGGUUGCUUUUAUCUCUCCUCGUGAUGUUAACGUUUGUUAUGAAACUGAACUUGGUAAAGAAAUAUAUCGCCUGACUGUGAGUCAUUUCCUUUUAAUUUUUGUUCUUUUCACUGUCAUUGGAGGAUAUCUGCGAAUGUUGAUCAAUAGGUUCUUCAUGAAGUCUGUUAAGCUUUCUCAAUUUGAUGUUGCAUAUAAUACUUUGGAUUUGAUUUAUUAUCAAACUUUAGGAUGGGUAUCAGCUUUUUGUGUUCCUCUUUCAUCCUUGUUGAUUGUGAUUAUUCUAAUUGUCCUGUUUUAUAUAAAGUCAAGUUCUGUGUUAACUAAUUGCAAGCCACCUAGAAGAUUGUGGUCAGUCAGUGAAUCUCAGACGUUUUUCCUUGCAGUGACUUUUAUCAUGUUUUUACUGUGCUCUUUUACGGUUGGAUAUUGUAUUUUUGUACUUGAUCCUUCCAAAUGUGGUCCUUUUAGGGCACUUGAAAAUCCAAAUGAUGUUAUAAGAAGAUUGUUUUUCAAAAAAGGAGAAGAACAUCAUGCUUCAGAGUUUGUUAAGUACUUGAGUUCACCUGGUGUGAUGUUUGCCUUUUUCUGUGCCUUAGGAAUUUGUGUAUAUUUCACAAGAGCUCAAGCACAUGCCCACAUCUCAAUGAAUAAAAAGAUGCGGGAGCAGCUUAUGAUGGAAUCGAAAGAUAAAGUUUUCUUAUUGAAAUUAUUUGAAGAAGCUUUAAAUGUGCAGUCUCCAAAGAAUCAUGAUGAUGAUUCUAGUGGGGCUGCUGUUAGAAAACCUAUGCGAGAGAUUAACAUGCAUGACAUUGUUAUUAAUCAAGGCUAUGCUGAUUACACAGAGCCUGUUGAAAAUCCUGCCACAUCGAACUACAACCCAGGUUAUAUACCAGCUAAUGUCCCUAUAAACAAACUAGUUUAUGAUGAUCAGCCCAGUGCUUAUUCAUUUUCUUCUAACACUUCUCCUUCAAGAGAAAAUCAUAUGUAUUCUCCAAAGUCUCCUGUAUUUUCUGUAAAUGACGGUAUUUCUCCUCGUGAAAAGAAGAAAGGUUAUCCUUCUCAUCAGCCAGGCUUUAGAUAUUUACAACAGGAUCAACACCACAAUUUUUGAUUUGGUGCAAACUAUAGAAUA